AUGAGAAACUUUCAACUAACAUCUUUCUUGUUCUUCUUGGUUUUUCUAACACUUUCAUUUCCUGUUUCAUGGGGAGCAUUAUCUUCGAUUCUUAAUGUCACACCUGACGGUGGAGAUUUCAUAAGUUGUGUUGAAUCAACCUCCGAUAAUUUUACUGCCAUAUCUCGGCUCAUUUAUACCCCAGUCAACUCUUCUUUCUUACCCAUUUGGGAAGCUAGACUCAGAAACCUUAGAUUCAAUAAAUCCUCCAUUCCUAAACCUUCAAUCAUUGUGACUCCGGACAACGAAUUCCAAGUCCGGACUACUCUUUUAUGUAGCAAGCGGUACAGAUACGAGCUCAGAGUCAGGUGCGGUGGCCAUGACUUUGAGGGCGUUUCGUCCACUGCUGAUGUUCCAUUUGUGAUGCUUGAUCUCAAUAGAAUGAGAUCGGUAGAUGUUGAUGUUGGAAACAAAACCGCAUGGGUCCAAGGUGGCGCGGUGCUUGGUGAAGUCUACUACGCUAUUCGUAACAAGACCAAUAGCUUGUACUUUCCAGGUGGUAUUUGCUCUACAGUGGGAGUUGGAGGGUUCUUAGGUGGAGGUGGUUAUGGAAACCUUAUUAGAAAAUAUGGUACUGGUGCUGAUAAUGUUAUUGAUGCUCGAUUAAUGAACGUCGACGGUGUUAUUUUAAAUAGGAAGUCGAUGGGUGAAGAUUUGUUUUGGGCGAUUCGUGGUGGUGGAGCUUCUAGCUUCGGAAUCAUUCUGGCAUGGAAACUAAGGUUAGUUUCCGUGCCAGAACUAGUAACUGUUUUCUUAGUGACCAGAGCUUUAGAAGAAGGUGCAACAGAAAUCUUACAUAAAUUUCAAUAUGCGAUACCAAAUGGUGAUCGUAAUUUAAGCAUAAGAGUUACGAUAUCUAGUGCCUUUAUUGGCAAUACAACCACGAAAACCAUAAAUAUUAUGUUUCUAGGGUUAUAUCAAGGUAAAAUUGACACGUUGCUUCCGUUGAUGAACAAUACGCUCCCGGAGCUUAAACUCACACGAGGAGAUUGUGAAGAAGUGACAAUGGCCCAAGCAUCAAUUGUAUUUAAUGGCUUACCAAGCAACACCCAACUUGAAUUUCUUCGGUCUCGAGUUACCAACAUUCCGUUGAACACUAAAAACAAGCUAGACUAUGUACGAACACCGAUACCCAUACACGGGCUUAAAAAGAUUUGGACAAAGCUAUUUGAAAACGACGUUGGAAGAGGGACUCUUAUCAUGCACCCUUUAGGUGGUAGGAAUGAUGAGAUUUCAGAGACCGCAAUUCCCUACCCUCAUAGAACCGGGGUGUUGUAUCAGUUUCACCAAUAUGUCAAUAUUUCUGAUCAAGCAUCCGACACAACACCAACAUCACUCCGGCGUAUAAACUGGUUAAGAUCCUUCAAUGAUUUGAUAGCGCCCUAUGUGUCAAGGAACCCAAGGGAGGCAUAUUCCAACUACAAAGAUCUUGAUUUGGGUUUUGAAGCCGGUUCUUAUGAACAAGCAAGAUCUUGGGGAGAGAGAUACUGGAAAAGACACAACUUUAAGAAGUUGAUUAGCAUCAAAGCAAUGGCUGAUCCUGAGAACUUCUUUAGAUAUCCACAAAGCAUACCGGUUUUCCCAACUUAUUAA